AUGACUGCACGCAAGGGUUCACCUCAAUGGAUUGCAGGUGUUCAAUCUUUCAUCCAAUUUGCAACAAAGAGUCUUGGUGAAGGUAUCAAAGAAUUCCGUUGUCCUUGCGUUAAGUGUAAGAAUUACAAUAGUUUACCAAAAUGUAUAGAUGUUGUACAUGGGGAUAUUCUUUAUUAUGGGUUCUACAGCCAAUACCGAACAUGGAUCCAUCAUGGAGAGCGACCUCGUGUGAAUAAUAUUCAAGCACGUACUUUACCUUCCAAUAAUGUUCUGAAUCAGGAAGCUGCAUCUUUUACGAGAAUAUUUGACUUAUUCAAUGAGACACUAGGACGUGUAGAUGGUCUUGAUAAUCCUGAAGACCAGGUGGGUACUACUGUUGAAGUUGGUACUGCUGUUGAAGUUGGUACUGCUGUUGAAGAUGGUACUUCUGUUGAAGAUGGUACUGUUGUUGAAGAUGGUAAUGUUGUUGAAGAUCGGGCUACUGUCAAUCGCAGGAAGAGGUUGAAGGAUGCGGUGCAACCCCUAUUUCCAGGUUGUGAUGCUGAACAUACAAAACUUUUAGCAACAGUUGAGUUGCUUAGUAUGCAAGCGAGGUAUCAGUGUUCUGAUGUUUUCAUGACUGAAUUAUUUGGAUAUUUGAAAAUUAUUUUACCGGAAUGGAACACAUUACCAUCUAAUUUUCGUAAAGCAAAGGACAUGAUUAAUCCAUUUCAGUUGCCUGUCCAUAUCAUCCAUGCUUGCAUCAACGACUGUAUUCUUUAUCGCAAGGAGUAUGUUAAUGAAGAUAAGUUUCCUAAAUGUGGUGAAAGUAGAUGGCAGAAACCACCAGAAGGCAGUACAUCAACGAAAAAGGUUCCAAUGAAGAGACUUAGGUAUUUUCCAGUCACAGAAAGGUUGCAACGUAUGUAUGGUACAGCAUGGAUACCUGAGCUGAUGACAUGGUAUGCUAAGGUUGAAGAAAGUGCUACACACAUGAGACAUCCGGUGGAUUCGUCGCAAUGGAAGUCAAUAGACAUGAAGUGGCCUGACUUUUCUGAAGAGAAGCGAAAUGUACGUCUGGGACUAGCUACUGAUGGUUUUAACCCUUUCGGAAUGAUGAGCGUGCAUAGUACAUGGCCUGUUAUGCUUACUUGUUACAAUCUUCCGCCAUCUGAAUGCACGUCAAUGGAUUUUACGAUGUUAACAUUAUUGAUUCCUGGUCCACUUGGUCCAAAUCAUAACAUAGAUGUUUAUUUGCAUCCUUUGAUCGACGAGUUAAUUGAUUUGUGGACACUGUGCGGUAACGUACGAUGCGCAUACAAAGACAUCCUUUACAAUGAAAGCAAUGUUAUUGUGGUUUAUACAUGA